AUGGAUGCUACUAUAGGAAAGCUUGAGGCUUCUUUUGCAAAAAAGAGAGUCCCAUGUGGCUUGGAAAACCCAAGUUCAUUCCCCCUGAUGAAGCCGAGUGUCUUCACUAAGCCUGAAGUUGUCAACAUUAGGGAACGCUACAGAUUCCCUAACGGGGUCUCGAUGAAAGACUUGCUCUGCAUUUGGCCUUUCAGGGACUUGUCUUAUGCGGUGCAAGGUCUUGGUCACGGUGAAGGAUCCUGUCAAGAUGCGAUGAGGGUCUGGUCCCGUGGUGAAGGAAGCUUCUUCUUGCAAGCAUGUACCUCUGUGUCUGAGCAAAGGUCCAAGACAUCGGUCGCGGCUUCAGACACAACUCUUGCUCUAACUAGACCUCAAGAUCAAGAAAACGCUAUGACUACUGUUAGGGUUGAAGCGAUCGAGCUGGCAACUUCCAUGACCAUGCUGGAGGUCUCUGACACAUCUCAACCAGCUCCGAGCUCAUCUAGAUCGGCUCCCACAAUGCCAAGUCUUCUUAGCAGCAUUCAGCUGGCUAGCUGUGGACUUUUGAGCAUUAUUUCACAAGCUGACCUUCAAUAA